CUCUAUCAAACGGAGUUGGACGACCCUUGGAGCGGGUAUCACCACUGCGCGAACAACCUUACAACGAACACAAGGUCAUGUUAUGGCUGUCAUUAAAGAAAAAGAUAUCAAACUCCCAGUCAAUGCGAUCUGUCGUGUCGAGCAUGAGGGAACCACAUCCUUCGUGUAUCAGGCCCCUGGUAACUCUGAGCUGACAACAAACACCCAAACCGACGUUCUUCACUGGAGCCUUAGGGUAACCGUUGGCAACGCAAUAGAAUAUACUCCUGCAGCAUACGUAAUGUAUCGUAGCAACUAUGCCGACAAUCGUAUUAUCUUCUGCGUAUCAUUCGAUUCGAUCCUCCAGAAUUACGAGUUCGACCUUUUGGAUGCGGUAUGGAAGCCUGGCCUCCUUCAAAAGCUGAAAUUGCCUGUGCUUGAAGACAGCUAUAUGACCGCCUUGUGGGACGGAAGUAACCUGAGAGUAUACUAUCAAGGGGAGGACAAGAAAAUAAGGGAGGUGUUAUCUGAUGGUCUGGAAGGAGCCUGGGAAGUUGGGGCGACUUUCCAUAAAGCAAGCCGUCCCGUUCCUUUGGCAGCGUAUAAAGGGAAUGGCCCAUUGCGUCUUUUCUACGGGCAGGACCGGGGGAUUGGACAGUUACUUUUUGAUGGGAAAGAGUGGAAUAAUUCCAGAAUUCCCGUCUCGAGCAGUUUUCAGAAUCGAAAGCCUUUCGAGGUGCAAGAGAACGAGAGCGGUGAGAUAACGCUUUAUACUAUUGAGGCACCUACCGAGUGA